UCGUCGUCCUCGUCGUCGUCGUCUUCGUCCUCGUCGUCGUCGUCGUCGUCGUCGUCGUCGUCGUCGUCGUCGUCGUCGUCGUCGUCGUCGUCGUCGUCGUCGUCGUCGUCGUCGUCGUCGUCGUCGUCGUCGUCGUCGUCGUCGUCGUCGUCGUCGUCGUCGUCAUCGUCGUCGUCGUCGUCGUCGUCGUCGCCGCCGUCGUCGUCGUCGUCGUCGUCGUCGUCGCCGCCGUCGUCGUCGUCGUCGUCGUUGUCGUUGUCGUUGUCGUCAUCAUCGUCUUCGUCGUCAUCGUCGUUGUGUACCGUCGCGCGAUAUCUCAUGUCGGUUUUCGUUCUAUGUACGUUCGUCCGUUCGUUCGUUCGUACGUACGUACGUACGUACGUACGUGUACAGUCUCCGUUCGUUGUCGGCUCCGGACAGUCGAUAAAAAUUCGAUAAAAAUUUUUCCAUCGAGAAUUAUUUCCAAACUUCUUCCGCCCAUCGUUUCGUAUCUAUUUAUUUCUCCUUUUUUUCUUUCUUCUGUCUUUUCGUUUUCGUUUAUGAUUCUUUUAUCAUCUUGAAGAAUUUUAAAAAGAAGAAGAGAAGAGGAGGAAGAAGAAGAAGAAGGAGAAGAGAGAAGAAUAUAUUCUCGACAAGUAUUUCUAUCUUUUUCCCUUUUUCUAUUCCUUUCUAUCUUUCUUUCUUUCUUUCUUUCUUUCUUUCGAGUUGGAAAUAUUCGAGAGUUUUGUUUACGUUAUCGAUAUUAUCGUGGUAAUACAGCAACAAGUAUUUCCAAACGAGUAUAAAAGUGAGAGAGUUUCGAUUUCGAUGUACGAAGUCGAUCGUACGAGAAUGCCGGAUCUUUGGUGGUAUCGAUAGUUCGUGGCCGAUAGGGAUGACGUCCCUGUGACAUGUUAGCCCGUGACCUUGAGUGGCGCGAUAGCAACAUCUUCCGUGGAGAAGCUCGACUCCCGGUGCGCGGCUCGAGCGAAGAUAACGACGACCGAUCCUUUCGUUCGUACUCUUAUCAUCAUCACCAUCAUCAUCAUCAUCAUCAUCAUCAUCAUCAUCAUCAUCAUUAUUAUCAUCACCAUCAUCAUCAUCAUCGUCGUCGUCGUAAUCAACCACAACAGCAGCAACAACAACAUCCGUCCUCUCGUCAAAUCGAAUAUCGUGCGUUGCCUCUGCUGCAACUCAAACCAAACUUUGUUGUACCGUAUGUUCUUUGCUGGAGAUUACCUGUUCACGGGAUUUAUCAAAUCGAUCCUUUAUUUCUUCAUCACCAACAACAACAACAACAACAACAACAACAACAGCAGCAGCAGCAGCAGCAACAGAACCAGCAACAACAACAACAACAAUUACUAUUACGAGAAAGAGAAUUUCGUUACGUUUACGAUCGACAACAUUGUCGUUAUUUCGAAGGAACCAUCGGGACAUCUCAGAGACGUACGAAUAAUUCGUCGUCAUUUCUUCAAGGAUAUCGACUCUCUCUUCGUUACAACGCUUUUUCCGAACAUCUUGGAAUGGAAAAAAGACUGGACCGUUUCGUAGCGAGCAAAAAUGAAGACACGAGGUACAGACAGCUAACCGUUCAGAGAGCUAAACGAGCGUACAAAGCGAAUCGUUGCGUGAGCGGGGGCGGUAGCCGCGGAAACGGCGCGACUGGUGGUACCGGAGGCGGAGGAGGAGGUGGAGGAGGAGGAGGAGGAGGAGGAGGAGGCGGUGGGGGAGGAGGAGGUGGGGGAGGAGGAGGAGGAGGAGGAGGAGCGGGAAUCGACGGUGGCACGGUGCCUGCUGCACCACCGACCACCGGCCAUCACCACCACUACCAUCACCACCAUCACCAUCACCAUCAUCUCACCAGCACGACAACAACCACCACCACGACGACCACCACCACCACCACCGGCGGCACCAGGCACCACAGGCACAGGCUGCCGGCGGGCAAGCAGUGCACCGAGCACCGACACCACCCGCAUCAUCACCGGCAUCACCCACACCAUCGCUCCCAUCAUCGGGGCAUGAACAUGGGCCAAAAGAUUUCAGGCGGCGUGAAGAGCGUGACGCGCGAGAGCGGAGCUGGAGCGGGCGGCGGAGUUGGUGUCGGUGGUGGCGGCGCAGUGGCGUACAAACCGGUGGUACCAAGGGAGUUGGCGCAAGACUUGUCGAGGCCAGCUCGUCUCGAUGUCCUCCUCGAUAUGCCGCCCGCAUCGCGGGAAACUCAAGUUCAUCACAGCUGGAACGCUGACGACCGCAGUCUCAACAUAUUUGUUAAGGACGACGACAAGCUGACGUUUCACCGGCACCCCGUUGCACAGAGUACCGAUUGCAUACGAGGGAAGGUCGGUUAUACGAAGGGUAUGCACGUGUGGGAGCUUUACUGGAGCACGAGGCAACGUGGUACACACGCUGUGGUCGGUGUUGCGACCGCAGACGCGCCCCUUCAUAGCGUUGGCUAUCAGAGUCUCGUUGGUAACAAUGACCUCAGUUGGGGAUGGGAUCUCGGUAGGAAUAAACUCUAUCAUGACUCGAAGAACAAUGUCGGUGUUACGUAUCCGGCGCUACUUAAACCAGACGAGACCUUUAUCGUGCCCGAUAAAUUUCUGGUUGUACUCGAUAUGGACGAGGGCACGUUAGCUUUCGUAGUGGACGGACAGUAUCUUGGGAUCGCGUUCAGAGGUCUCAAAGGAAGAAAGCUACAUCCCAUUGUGUCAGCUGUCUGGGGACACUGCGAGAUUACGAUGAAAUAUAUCGGUGGUCUUGAUCCCGAACCUUUACCUUUGAUGGAUCUUUGUCGAAGAGUGAUCAGACAACGGAUCGGGAAGCACAGACUCGAGGAAAAGAUCAACGAAUUAAAUCUGCCACAAGCGAUGAAGACUUAUCUCCUUUACCGUGACAGGAGGUAACCACCGUGUGGUGCAUCAAGAGAAGCGAUCAUCAGAAAGGUCGCGAAUGUCAGCAGUUUGCGACAUCGUUGCUACCACGACGCACAGAAAUGGGCUACUAUGGCCUCCUGCUACUCUCGCACACGCCAAGGAACGCACCACCAUCAACAGCAGCAGCAACAACAACAACUACAGCUACAGCAGCAGCAGCAGCAGCAGCAGCAGCAGUUUGUUCGCCAACAACAACAACAGCAGCAGCAACAGCAGCAGCAGCAGCAGCAACAUCGUAACUACUUGAACCAACAAAACCACCAACGAGACAACGGUCCACCAUCCGUGUCUCUGUUUUUGAAACGUUUGAUGAUCAGUAGACUGAACCGUUUGAUACGACGACAAUGCGUGGACGGUCCAAGAAGACGAAUGUCUAGCGAAGGGUUAGCCUUAGGGUACCAGGGGUCAUGGUAUCAACGUUGUUCGUACGAGAAUGGAACAUCAUCGUCGUCUUCGUCGUCCGAGUCAUCGUCAACAAUUGCUUCGGCAUAUUCGACCUCGUCUUCUUCGUCUCCGUCGUCGUAUUCCUCGUAUUCGUCGUACUCGUCGUACUCGUCGUACUCGUCGUAUUCGUCGUACUCGUCGUACUCGUCGUACUCGUCGUAUUCGUCGUACUCGUCGUCUUCGUUGCCCUCUUCCACUUUCUCGUCGCGAUAUGGAUGAUAACGAUAUCGAUUAUGACAAAGAUAAUGAUGAAGAUAAUGAUGAAGAUGAAGAUGAAGAUGAUGAUAAUGAUAAUGAUAACGAUAACGAUAGAUAUGACGUUGAUGAUGAUGAUUAUGAUGAUGAUGAUGAUGCUGAUGAUGAUGAUGAUGAUAAUGAUAAUGAUGAUGAUGAUUUAAUCUGGACGCUAUCCCACGAGAGCGCGCGAGAAACGUCGGAUAUUAGCCAAUUAUUUAGGUGUGAUAUUGUUGUUUUAUGUUGUCGAGAUACGAUUUUUUUUUAAUCGUGUAGCUUUUAUUGAUUGUUAUGAUACAUAUUUUUAAAACUAGACACACGCAAGGCGGCACUCUGGAGAGAGAGAGAGAGAGAGAGAGAGAGAAAGAAAGAGAUGGAGAGAGAGAGAGAGAGAGAGAGAGAGAGAAAAUCAAUUCGCUUAUGCUCUUCAUAUAUCUGCCAUAUCCUGUCUCUACGAUGCGGCCAGCAUGCGUUUUUAAUUUUUCUUCUUCAAAUCUUGUAUUUUUUCUUCCCUUGUUUUUUUUUCUUUUUUUUCGGGAGGGAUGGAAGGAGGAGGGUGAGAGGGAAAAUUCUGACGUCGUUGUUUAAGAUUUUAAUAGGAUAAGAACGUUUGAGACGAUAACGUUGAAGGAUGAAUAAAGAAAAGUGUGAGAAAGUGUUAGACAAAUAUGAUCGAAGUAAUAUUGAAGACCACGCGUGGCCUUGGUAACACGUAUAAACUUCGUAUCGAAUGAAAUAAUUACGAAUACUUCCGGUGAUUAAUAUUAAUAAUUAUUAAUACAAAGAUAACAUAUAUCUAUAUAAAUAUAUAUAUAUAUUGUCUAUAUAUAUAUGUAUAUAUGUAUAGAUGUAUAUAUAUAUAAAGAGAGAGAGAAAGAAAGAGAGAAAAAGAUCAUUCAAGAUACAUUCAUGAAAAAUUAUUCGAAGAUCGAAGAAUACGUGUGUACCAUUUUUCAACUUAUAGAGACACGUUUUUUCAAAUCUUUUUCUAAGCGUACUAGGUCCAAUCGAAGUAUUAUUUAGUGGGUGUGGAUAAAUUAGAAGGUAUUAUCGUGAGACAAGAAAAAAAAGGGCUUGGUAAGAGAACAAAACAAACCCAUAGGAAUAUGUAUAUAUAUGUAUACGUAUAUAUAUAUAUAUAUAUUUACAGGUACAUACCACACACGACGUGUUAUAUAAAAUUUUUUUCUUAUUUCUUCGACGACGACGUUCGAGAAGCUUCGUGGAAUAUUAACAUGGAUGAAAGAUAAAGAAUAAAAAAUCAAAGUUGAUAAUGAUGUUGAUAAUGGAACUGACGAAAACAAAAAAUUUUGAUAAAACUGAUCAAACCUUUUCGUGAACUUUUGAUGAAUGGAGAAAAGACGAAGCGACAACAAAAAAAAAAGAAAAAAGAAAAAUGAAGAAAAGAAGAAGAACAAGAAGAAAAUAUAAGAAAGAGAGGAGAAAAACACGUUUAAAAUUACCUCGACUAAAAUUUUAAUCUAAACUUAAAUAAACGAAGAUUCUUAUACCUAAUAUUCUAUACCUAAUUAAAUCGUAGGGAAAAGAAAAAACGCGACCGAACUUUGGAAACAAAGAUUAAAUUGUGAGGUUGGAUAAUGGGAUGCGUGUUUUCAAAAAUGAAUUCAAAUUGUCAACUCUAGACUGUCAUUAAAACAGAUUGUAAUAUGUAAACUGACGAUGACGAUGAAAUAGAGAUUGAUGCUGAGAUGAUAACGAUGUUGAUAAUGACGAUAUAUAGAAAAUAGGGGAGAAUGCGGAGGAUCAUAUUGACGAUAAUAAUGAUGAAGAUGAUGAUGAUGAUGAUGAUGAUGAUGAUGAUGAUGAUGAUCAUAAUGAUGAUAAUAAGAAAAAAAAAUAAAAAUAAAAAUAAAAAUAAAACGAUAUAACGGGCGUGUAACUAUAUAUAUUAUACUAUUAGCAUCACAAUUUACGACUGGUCCCUAGUAACUCUUUACUCUUACGUUUGUCGCUUAGGUUAAAAAAAAUAAUGGCCGUCAAUGGCGCGCUCUGUCGGUUUGUACAUAGGAUAUAAUAUUAAUUAUAAUAUUAAUAAUAUUAAUAAUAAUAAUAAUAAUAAUAAUAAUAAUAUUAAUAUUAAUAAUAAUUAAUAAUUAAUAAUUAAUAAUUAUAGCGAUAACGAUAAUGAUAAUCGAUAAUGUCAGUCGGGUAAGAAAAGGAAUGAGAAUAAUCGUCAUGAGUGAUGAAUGCAUCUACAAAAGUGAAGUAGAAAAGAAAGAAAGAAAAAGAGAAAGAGAGAGAGGAAGAAGAAUAGUAAGCAGAUAUCGAGAAAAGGAUUAAAAACCGAUUGCGAGAAAUUAAUAAUCAAUUUCGCAUGAUCUAUGGAAACGAAAAGCAGAAAAAAAGUAACAUUUCGCUUCCUUAAUUUUUCAAAUAAGACUGAGUCUCUCUCUUGCUUUUGACUCGUUUUGAAUGCGAGCAUUUAGUCUCGAAAGGAACUCCAAUUUUCUUCGUCUCUCUUAUUACAAUUUUUUUCUCUCUCUAUAUAUACAUAUGUAUGUGUACGUGUAUAUACGUAUAUAUAUAUAUAUAUAUAUCUAUAGGUUUUAUAUAUAAGAUAUAUUUUACGUCUGUCUACAUCAUGUGUGAGGUAUAUCAUAUAUAUAAAAUACGUUUGUGUAUAUAUAUAUAUAUGUAUGUAUGUAUGUAUAUGUUAUCUUUUGAUCAACAUAUAACAGCUCGUUUUUGAAGGUUCAUAAAGGUUCACAGGCUCGCUAGGUGUUCGCGAUACUCGUCUUCCAAAAUUUGUCGUUCCUUCAAUACGCACGAUCUCCUCGCAAUCGGUUAAUAUCCUUAUCGUAGGAUAUUAAAAAAAAAAUAAAAGAAAAAAAAACGACAAGAAGAAUAAAGAGAAAAGAAAAGAUGAACAUCCUUUCAGAGUAUCCUGUUAUUAUUGUCAGAUAUAACUCCCAAAGAGAAAAAGAGUCUGUUCUUCUGACUACUUCUCUUAAUCCUGAUGAUAUACGAAGGGUUCAAGAAGAAUGCAAGAGGAGACUUUGCGAUUGUUAUUAUUAACAAUGAAAAGACAUUGAUGAUGAAAGAAGAUAUUCGAGCGAGCGAGCGAGCGAACGAACGAACGAACGAACGAACGAACGAACAAACGAACAAACAAUUAAACAAACCAGCCGAGCCGUUCUCUUCAGUCCGUGCACAUUCUCUCUUCUCGUGAAAAGAUUAAAAAUUAAUCUAUUUGGAUCCAAGGGGUUUAAAGAAGAAGAUGAAGAAGAAGAAGAAGAGGAAGAAGAAGAAGAAGAAGACGAAGAAGAAGAAGAAGAGAAAAAAAUAAGAAGAAAAAGGAGUAUAUAAGGGAGAAAUAUUGUCUCCCUUAUAAAUAACGACUUACCCUAACGCUCACCCCGAUCCAUUGGCAGGUGUGGUAGCGGUGGUGGUGGUGGUGGUGAUGUUGUUGUUGUUGUUGUUGUUGUUGUGUAUUUUUGGAGUAGCCAAGCAAGAAAAAUGAAAGAAAAAAAAAGAAAAAAAAAGGAAAAAAAGAACGAACGACCCUUCGCUCUCUCUUCGAAAGGAGGAUAUAUAUGACGACGUUGCGUUUGUCUGUGUGCGUGUUCUCUCUUUUUUAAUGACUUUUUUUUCUCUCUUUUUUUUCCCACAUUUCUUUUUCAUCUUCUUUUUUCUAUUUUUAUUUUUUAAUCUAAUUAUCGAAGCUUGCAACGGACACGAAUAUGUAACAGAUAAUAAUAAAUAAUGAAUGAAUAAAAGAGUGAGAGGAAAGAAUGAAAUGAUGAUGAUGAUGAUGAUGAUGAUAAUGAUGAUGAUAAUGAUGAUAUACGUGAUAUAAAAGACACAUAGAUAAUAUCUAUAUACAUAGGACAGACGGAUACACACGCACACAUAUACACACACACACAUAUAUAUGCCGAUAUGUGAGAAAUUAAUAAUAAUAAUUAAAAAGAAAAAAAAAAAGAAAAAAAAAAGAAAAUGUGCGUGAUGAAGAAAACGUGCAGCGUACAUAAAAGACUUCUUCGUUGUUUCGCAUAGAUGCUAUUUAGGGAAAAGACAUAAAAAAAAAAUAUCGCUCUGCACUCGUCACUAUACCUCUAUCGCUAUUUUGUAUGAAUUAUAAUACGAACGUGUAUGUGUAAAAAAAAAAAUAAUUCACACACGAACACGCACGCAGAAAGAAACACACAAACCCACAUACGUAUACGUACACAAUACAUGAAAAGAAUUAAUGACAAAUGGCGUUGAUAGAAAAGAAAAAAAAGAAGAAACGUUGUAAAUAUUUAAUUCAUAACGAUUUAACAUUAAUUAUUGUAUCGAUCAACGAUUAUAUCGUGUUAAUCGACAUUAUUGCGAAUUCAGGAAUUUUAUUUCAUUUUGUUUUUCUCUUUUCUUUUUUUUUUUUUCUUUCAUCUUUUUCUUGUAACGAAAUGACGACAUUCAAGAUCGCAAGUGAACGAGUUUUUAUCAUCGGAGUCUAAGUUUUUAUUUCAUUUUUCUUUCUUUUUUUUUCACUCAUUCCUUUUUUUUUAAUUUUAAUUCGUUUCUCUCAUCGUAAAUUCCGAGUGAUUGUUUCGAUAAAAAGAUUAUGAUUAAUGAACGAGAUGAUUGUGGUUGAUAUGCAUAUGUAUACGUAUGUGCAUGCGUAUACGUAUGUGUGUAAGUACAAGAAACAACAGCAUACAUACCACAACUUAGUUUCUCGUUUCCCUUUCGAUUAAUUCGCGAUCUUUUGUUAUAGAACAUUAUAUUCGCGAUCUUAUAAUCUCUUCUUCUUCCUCUUCCUCUUCUAUUUUAAGUUUUCGUUGUUUCUCUUUCCGCGUAUUAAGAAUACGCUUCGUUAAAAUUUUUCUAUAUCGCCGCGUUAUGAAUGAUACGAUUUAUUUGUUCUCGUUUAAUUAGUCGUUUUGUUUUAUUUCCUUCUAUGUCGUUCGUUUUUUCGUUUCUUAUAAUAGUAAUAAUAAUAAUUAUUAUCAUUAAUAUUAUCAUUAUUAUUAUUAUCAUUAUUAUUAUUAUUAUUAUUAGUACUACUACUACUCUACUAUUACUACUACUACUACUACUACUACUAUUACUAUUACUAUUACUAAUAUUAUUAUUAUUAUUACUAUUAUUAUUAUUGUUCAUAUCUCUCUCUUUAUCUUCUUAUCACUUUCGUUUUGAUUAAUUAUUCUCGCAAAAGAAAAAGAAAAAAAGAAAUUCGUGUGCACGAUCGAUCGUUCGCAAAAGAAUUAAAAGUGACGAAAGAAAAGAAAAUAAAGUCGAUUAUAUUAGAUUCUAAUUAUGAGAAAGAAGAGAAAGAAAAAGAGAGAGAGAGAGAGAGAGAGAGAGAAUGUGUGAAAGUGAAAGUGAAAGUGAGAACGCGUUUCGUUAGUAGGAGUGUUCUGAAUAAAAAAAAAAGAAAAAGAAAAAAACAAACAGACAAACAAACUUUACGUGUAGGUGUUCCGAAUUUUCAUUUUUCCGUUCGUGAACUGCCUGCCUGCCUGCCUGCCUGCCUGUGCAAAAACUAUGUUGCCUCGACAAAUGUGUCUAAUUUAUUGACAGUGCGAUAAUUAGUUAAACAAUUUAAGCUGUGUGUGUGUAUGUGUAUGUGUGAAUACAUGCAAUGAUUUAGAAAGAGAACGAGAGAAUCUCUGUGUGAAAAUGAUUAAAAUGGAAGCUUUUCUUUUUUUUUUUGUUUUGGUACCAGAUGACGUCGACAAAAAUUUAUAUGUUUUUUUUUCUUUGUCCGAUAAUAUUAUGUGAAUCAAUAUAUGCAUAAGUAUAUAUAUAUAUAUAUAUAUAUAUAUGUAUGUGUAUAUAUAUAUAUGUAUAUGUAUGUAUGUAGGUACAAAUAAUAUCUCAAUUUUACGCGAGACAAAAAUAUUUUAUUGAAUUAAACAUUAGAGAGAAAGUAAAGAAAAGAAAAGAAAAAAAGAGAGAGAAAGACGGUGUAUUUCCUUUUUGAAAAGAAAAAAAAAAGAAAAACUUUAUUUUACUUGACGUAUCCGUAAUUAUGGUGAAAAAAUAUUGGAUAGAAGAAAAAGAUUGAUAUGAAUUUUUUUCUUUAUUUUUAUUUUUUUUUUUUUCUACGACUCUAUCUUGUUCUCGUUUUAUAUAUAUAUAUAUAGAUACUUCGGAAUUUUUAUUAUUUUAUUAUUAUUAUUAUUAUUAUUAUUAUUAUUAUUACUCUUUUAAAUUAAAAAUAUAAGCAGUGGACAUUUGAAAAGUUGUCGUUUGCUGGCCAGGACCAUAUCUUUUUUUUUCUUUCUUAUUGUGUAUAUGUAUUGUUAUGCGCGAAUUUCGUUUAGUCGUCCUUGUGGUUUUAUUUUAUUUUAUUUUAUUUUAAUUCUUAACUUUUUUUUUUUUAUUUAUUUUCUAUAUUCUCCUCUUUUUCUUUUCCUUUUUUUUUUGUUAAUUAAGCCUGGACUAUUGCAACAAGCGAUCUCAAGUCUAUUUAAGCGUAAGUUUUACAAGUUAGGGUGAUACCGCAUUAAUGGCGCGUGACACGAAGAAUUUAUAAAUAUGUAAUGCCUUAAUGUUAAUUAUAAUAAUGGAUAGCGUUAUUACGUAAAAUAUUAAUUAGUUAAAAACGACGAGGACAAAGAGGGAAAAGGAGAGAGGAUGAAGGAAGAGAGGAAAAAGAAGUCAAAAAAAAAAUCUAAUGAAAGGUAACGACGAAGGAUUUAAGAGAGAAAAAGGAAAGCAUACACAACUAAAUAAGAAGCAAGAUCAUUUUUGUCUCUAACAUUUUGUUCGUAAUUUGAUAUUUUUUUAUGAUUCCAUGGACAAAAGAGAAAGAGAGAGAGAGAGAGAGAGAGAGAGAGAGAGAGAGAGAGAGAGAGAAAGAAUGAGAGUGAAAAAGAAAGAAAGAAAUAGAGAAAGAGAGAGAAAGAAAGAGAACGGCAAAAAUGAAUAGAGAGAGAGAGAGAGAGAGAGAAAGUAAUAAGUUGUGUGUGUAUAGAGCGGACUGCUGUUUAAAAUAGUUCAGGCUAGAUGUCGAUGUUUGUAGCGGAUAAAGAACAAAAAAAAACACAACACAGCAUAUUGUAAUUAAAAUUAAAAGUCAUUAAUAUCGCC